AUGGCAGCACCGACACGAAGUCUACGACACUUGUCGUCUGUGAGAGCGAACUUCUCUCCAGCGACCACAUCCUUUGCUUCCACCAUUGGCUACAGAAACUACGCCACCACCGAUGCCUCGUCCGCUACCUCCAAUACACCGUCGGGAACCACACGGCGGCGGGCAACUUCCUUCAAGGACAAGUUGAACGCAGGUCCUUCGUUCGCAGACUUUGUUUCUGGUGGCCAGGAUGAUGCGCCGCUCGACCCCACCGAAGCCUAUGCUCUCAAGACCGCUAUGGUCGGACCGGCCGGCCGCAAGAAGGAAAUGACUCGCCUACCCGAGUGGCUGAAGACGCCGAUCCCGGAUUCGAAGAACUACCAACGAUUGAAGAAGGAUUUGCGUGGAUUGAACUUGCACACUGUUUGCGAAGAAGCUCGGUGUCCCAAUAUCUCGGAUUGCUGGGGCGGUGACAAUAAAUCUGCAGCCACGGCUACGAUCAUGCUCAUGGGCGAUACCUGCACUCGUGGAUGCCGUUUCUGUAGCGUCAAGACCUCGCGUACUCCGGCACCCCUGGAUAUCCACGAGCCUGAAAAUACCGCAGAAGCCAUCUCGCGCUGGGGUCUUGGCUAUGUGGUUCUGACGAGCGUUGACCGAGACGAUCUGGCUGAUGGUGGCGCGCGGCACUUCGCCGAGACGGUGAUCAAAAUCAAGCAGAAGGCUCCCAACAUUCUUGUUGAAUGUUUGACAGGCGACUACCGGGGUGACGUGGAGAUGGCCGCUUUGGUUGCCCGGUCCGGCCUGGACGUCUAUGCGCACAACGUCGAGACCGUCGAAGCCCUCACCCCGUAUGUUCGUGACCGUCGUGCCACUUUCCAGCAGUCGAUCCGCAUUCUCGAGGCUGCCAAGGCUGCUAAGCCCGAUCUUAUCACCAAGACUUCUCUCAUGCUUGGUCUCGGUGAGACGGACGAUCAGCUUUGGGAUGCCUUGCGCCAGCUCCGCGCCGUGAAUGUCGACGUUGUGACUUUCGGUCAGUACAUGCGUCCUACAAAGCGCCACAUGGCUGUGCACGAAUAUGUGACUCCGGACCGGUUCGAGGCCUGGCGCCAGCGUGCUCUGGAUAUGGGCUUCCUGUAUUGUGCCUCGGGACCUCUCGUCCGGAGUAGCUACAAGGCUGGCGAGGCAUUCAUCGAGAACGUGCUGAAAAAGCGCCGCGCGGGCUCUGGAGCCGCGGAGAGCACCGUUGACCAAGCCGCCAUUGUCGAUGAGGUGACUCGCUGA